AUGUCUUAUCAAAAAGACCUCGAGGUUCUCGGACGAGAGCUUGCGCUUCCCGGGCAUGGAUCCCCGGGAGGUCGAUUGGGUGAUCCUGGAUAUUCCGGCUUUGGUCGAAAGCGAGGAACAAAUAUCCAAUUCGAGGCGCCAGAUGACAGUAUAUUGUUGCAGUAUAUAUUCGCCAAGUUCACCAUUCACUCCGACUGUCCGACAUACCAUCUGAUUUUCUCCAAUAUGUUAUCAGAUCCCGGUUGGUGGAUGCUGGUCAGUUUGAAUCGUGAUUAUACUGAUUAUAUAGCUGCCUCUUCUGUUGUGGUUGCAUACGACUGGGCACUGACAUUUGGACAAGAGGUUGAUCUGGUUUGGAGACAACGCUGGUCGUCCAUGACUGCUCUUUUCCUCUGUCUGCGCUACAUUGGAGUGUUGUAUGCUGCUGUCUUUGUGUUCUGUGAAAUUAUCAACUGUGCAUUAUGGUGUACAGGUUUUGUCGUUGGCGGCAUGCUAGGCGUCAUCAUGAUCACUCGGUUAUUUGCCAUGCAUCAGCAAUCGAGAAAGGUGCUCGUCUUUCUUGUUGUGAUCUUUCUCGCUAUCACGAUAGCCUGUGGAGUGAUUGUUGUGAUAGAAAUUUACCAAAUCUUAGGUGAGGACCUUAUCCUCCCUGGCACCCAUCAGUGUCUCAUUGGGGGAAACAUACGUCUGGCGGCUGAGUAUUGGUUACUCGGCACUGCAUGGGAGGUCCUCACGCUGUGCCUUGUACUUUGGAGUGCUGUAAAACACUUCCGUGAACUGCACCAACCAUGGACGAGAUGGACGAUCGGGGACUGCUUCACAGUGUUAGUAAAAACACAUGUGCUUUACUUUGCAAGCUUUGCUACUGUGUCUUGCCUCCAACUUGGCUAUUUGUCUCCAGCAAUUUCGGACCCAACUACCGUGGGUACUCGGACUUAUGGCGGUGUUCUCCAAAUUUUCUCGCUCGUACAAAUGUUUAUAUUGGGACCACGCCUCAUCCUCGAUGUUCGAAAAUAUCACGCUAAGCUCGUAGCUAACUCCGAUGCAGGGAUCGCCAUGGCUACAAUUAUCUUCCAUGAAUACGCCCAAGAGUCGACUAGUAGUAAUGUAUAG